AUGUCGAAAUCGAACUCCUCGUCGAGGAGCAGCUCGGUGGAGACCCCUGCCGACGGCGACAACGACAAGGAGGGGGGCGGGGGUGGGGCGCCCCCCCGCCUCCACGCGGCCGCGCCCCCCAUCCUGGAGGACGGCGGGGGGGAAUUGGACGUCGCGUCCAACAGCCCGCCGCCCUCCUACGAGCGAGUGUUGGAGGAGACUCGUCAAAAAGCAAAAAGUGAUGCGUCUACUCCGACAAACACUGUCAGAGGGCCAGAAAUAAUGCACAAAUCCAGCAAGGAACUGUACAGAGCCGUCGCAAAACAAUUUGGAAUCACUUGUAAGAUGUCGGACCAAUGCAGGUGUUUUGACUGUCAAAGCCACUACUUCGACUGCGAGUACGAACAAAACGAGCAAGAAAAGACAGAUGGAGGCCUAGGGGCAGGCACUCCUAUGUUCCUUUCGGUGAUGAAUGGUGGCACAUGCGUCAUUUUGUAA